UCAGUCCAUCUGUGUUACGGCGAAAUCUGUGUGUACUUUCUGCGCUCACUCAGACACAACGAGUCAUUUCCGCAUGUGAUUCGUCGCGCUUUUGUUAGUGUUCAUGCGCGAGAUCAGAUUGAGGCCGGGAAAAGCUCAUCUGGGUUUGUUCCUCAUGUGGAUACAGGCUUCUGUGAACAUUAAUUGUGCUUACUGUAAGUGGACCGUGCGUAUCGCUUGUCAACUUUGGGCACACUGAGGCUCUCGAAAGAAGCAACCCUUGGUCACGAGCCAUGUACCUACAGAUGUUGUUUUGGAGAAUAGACAUAAUAACAAACAUGGCCCUGGAAUGAUAUGGACGACAUGUGCGAUAGUGCUGUUUCUGAACUUUUGUGCUCUCACGGUUAGCGUGGGAAAUUUUGACAUUUUGUUUUUGCCAUCAAGUUUUGUUGUGUGUAUUCGUGUUUCUCUCUGCUUUUAAGUUUGUACGAGGUAAAGAAACUGGGAUAUAGCUCUGGGCUCCUAACGGUUAGAGAACAUCCGUUACGGAUAUUGAUUACAUGUGUCAUUUAAUUAUCACAUUCGAUAAGACAGAUUACAUAAGUUUGAAAAAACAAAAUCAACGUAGUGCGGUAAGCUGAACACGCUUUUCGGGGUACAUUUCCACCUGAGGCAUUUGCAUAUAUCAUCCUAGAUACCCCUAGUGUGUGUGUGUGAAUGCGACACCUAUAAUAUCACCUUCACGUGGACCCAAAUAGAGGCGCGUCUUUUUAUAUGGUUGCGCAUUUGAGCCAGGGAACACUCCAUAAUAAGAAGUGUUUAGGUUAUAAGUGCUGCUAUUUUUGUUAUCAUAUCUCAGCCGUAGUUUUACAGUGGGUCAACAGGUUAACAGCUACAUUUCCCUCAGAGUCGCGGACACUUUUUGGAGAUAAAAGUUUUUCUCUCGCCUCGGUUGUUGUGUGUUUUUUCCUCGUGUUUGCGCUUUAAAAGUGCAGAUCAGAUAUACUGUUGGCUAUCUGAAGACGAGUUCGGAAAAAGAUUCCAGUGGUGCAUACCAAGUAUCUUCAUCGUAUGCACUCGGACACCUUCGAAACACACUAGUUUUCUCCUGUGCUUUUCGUGGGCUUUUACAAAGACAGAACUGUGGAUUAGCGAUACUGUAUGGAUAUCUGAAUGGAUCUCUGAAGAGACACUGCGCACAUUUGCAUUGAAGCUUUUAAUGCCCAGUUUCAGUGAUUUACGCAAGUCCUUCAACCUGUUGUAGCGUCAAUAGUUUAUUGUGUGGAUGAGGUAAGGGUAGCUGUCCAGCCCGGCGUUUUCAUCAUGCCGAGACGGAGUGCCACCAGCAAAAGCUGGCCGGAUGUGGCCACACUGGGCAGUGAUGUGGAGCAGGAGGCAGGGGACAUCACUGGUGGUCGGGGGGAGCAUCGGAUGAGACGCCGCGCGCUCCGGCGGGAGCAGACGGUGAGCAGCACGGGGUCCGCAGACAGUGGCGCCGAGACGCCCUCCCAUCAGCCUGAGAGCUCGGGCUCGCCCUCUACCCACUCGACCAGUCCUGUGGCCGGGGACGACUCGAGCGGGGAGCCGCCGGCCGUCAAACUGAAACAGAGGCGCCGCAUCUGGGAUAGCUUCCUCUACAAGACGCGCAAAAUCCGGAUACGGAAAAAGGACAAAGAUGGCGGGAAGCUGGAUAAACGAGCCAGCAGCCAGCCCAAUAUCCCGACCUCCACCCGCAUCAGCACCAGCAGCUCUGGCCCGGAGGAGAACCCGGAACCGCUGCUGCCCAACGGUAAGAGCCAGAGCUUCAGGGAGGUCGACACCCCGACGUCUCGCAAGUCUCGCUCCAUCCUCCGGCGACGGGAGAACCUCAAGACACGAGUCAGCUCCUCCAGCCUCAACGACUCCAACUACGAGAGCGCCGGCUCUCUGGCCACUGAGAAGAGGAUCAACAACAACCGCCUCAGUGACGUGGACGCGAAUAUGGAGGAGGAGGACGAUAACGUCGGAGAGGACGAGGAGGAGGGGGAUGAUAAUGUGUACGAGGACAACGAGUUUGUGAGCCCCUUGAGGCAAAAUUCUAACUCUGCCAAGCGGACGUUCAGUGAUCCUUUGUCCAGCCCGGAGACUGGAGGCGUGCCUUCUUCUUCUAGCCGGGAGGUUCGUGGGGGAUCGCUCAGGAGGGAGUUGUCGCAUUCACAUUCCGGGAGGGUGAACUUUAGUGAGGACGUUUCUUUCGAUACGGAGGUAGCUGACAUGAGCAAGGAGGACGAGGUGCCUGUGAUAGAGCAGACAGAGGAAGAUGCCAACCAGGACUCGUCCCUGCUCCAGUUACACCCACGGCUCACUCGCCAACAUUCCUUCUUCAUGCUGAAUAUCCACCUGAGGGAAGGCAGGGACCUCGUCAUCAGGGACAGCUGCGGCACAAGUGAUCCUUACGUGAAGUUCAAGGUGGGCAACAAGCUGGCCUACAAGAGCCGGACCAUACUGAAAAACCUGAACCCUCGGUGGGACGAGCAGUUCACCAUCCCCGUGGAGGACAUCACCAAACCGGUCACCGUCAAGGUGUAUGACUAUGACCGUGCCUGGAAUGACGACCCGAUGGGCGGGGCGGACAUUGAUGUUGCCUCUUUGGACGUAAACAAAGAGACAGAGCUCAAACUAUUGCUCAGCGAGCGAGGCAAAGAGGAGUACAUGGGCUACGUUCUCCUCUCCUGUACGCUGGUACCCAAGACGGACGAGGAGAAAGACCAGAACAGAAGGCAAUCGAAGUUGUUCAGACGCUCCAUGCGAUCCUCCGAAUCCGCCAGAAAGAUGAAGCUGCAGCCGUGGACCGGCAUGGUGAAUAUCGUGUUGGUGGAGGGCAACGGGCUGGUACCCAUGGACGAUAACGGACUGAGUGACCCCUACGUCAAGUUCCGUCUGGGAACCGAGAAGUACCGCAGUAAGUUUAAGUCGAAGACCUUGUGCCCGCGCUGGCUGGAGCAGUUUGACCUCCGCCUGUACGAUGACCAGAGCUCUCACCUGGAGAUCACAGUCUAUGACCACGACACGCGCGGCAAGGACGACUUUAUGGGCAGGGCGGAGGUGGACUUGUCCCAGCUGGAGAAGGAGAGGACGCACGUGCUGGAGCAACAGCUGGAGGACGGGGCCGGCACCCUCAAGCUACUGCUCACCAUCAGCGGCACGCUGGGCAGUGAGAUGUCCUCUGACCUCGCCAACUACACGCCCAACGCCUUGCUCAAGAAUCAGAUUGUACACAGAUAUAAUGUUUCAAACUCAUUUUCCAAUAUGACAGACAUUGGGCAUUUCGAAGUGAAAGUAUUUCGAGCUCAUGGUCUGCAGUCAGCAGAUUUCGGUGGUCUCAGUGACCCAUUUUGUGUGCUGGAAUUGGUCAAUGACCGAGUGCAGACACAGACAGAGUACAAGACGCUCAAUCCAGAAUGGGCCAAAGUCUUCACUUUCCCUGUGAAGGACAUCCAUUCUGUGCUUGAGGUGACUGUAUAUGAUGAAGAUAGGAACAAGAAAGUCGAAUUUUUGGGGAAGAUUGCAAUACCUUUGUUGAGGGUGAGGAAUGGUGAGAGGCGCUGGUACGCCCUCAAAGACAGAAAGCUUAUGCACAAGACAAAAGGGGCUGUCUUGUUAGAGAUGGACUUUGUAUUUAACCAGUUGAAGGCAGCAGUUCGCACCGUGAAUCCAAGAGAAGAAAAGCUCAUGAAGGCAGAACAAAAGUUCAAGAUUUCUAUAAUGAAACAGAACAUCAACAGAGUGUCUGAGCUCAUCGGAACGUUUAUCGACACAGGACGUUUCAUUCAGAGCUGUUUCGAUUGGCAGUCGCCUGCAAGAACCAUCACAGCUUUUAUUGUUUAUCUUGUGAUAGUGUGGAACUUUGAGCUGUACAUGCUGCCCAUUUCCCUGCUUCUUGUCCUGCUCAAGAACCUGGUGGUGGCUCAGAUUGUGGGAGGCUUCAAGAAAGAACCAGUGGAAGAGGACUACUUUGAUGAGGAGGAGGAAGAAGAUGAUGAGGACAAAGACAAGACAGAAGAAAAGAAGAGUAUAGUGGAGCGCUACCAUGCCAUUCAGGAAGUCUGUCUGACUGUCCAGCAGGGUCUGGACACUGUGGCUUGUCUGGGAGAGAGAGUGAAGAACACUUUUAACUGGAGCGUUCCCUGGCUGUCUACUUUUGCUGUUAUCGUCCUCGUUAUUGGCAUGACUGUCCUCUUCUACAUUCCUCUCAGAUUUUUACUUCUUGCGUGGGGUAUCAACAAAUUCACCAAGAAGCUGAGGAAGCCAAAUGCCAUUCCUAACAAUGAAUUGCUAGACUUCCUAUCUCGCGUUCCUUCUGACAAUGAAAUGUUACAGUUCCGUGAACUGCGUCCUGAUAUUCCAGCCAACACAUCAACCACAAAGAAGAAGAGAUCCUAGCAGAGGGAAGUGUGAGAGCUCCAUCCAUUGUGCCUUCACAUUCUUCACCUCCCUGUUUCUCCACUGACUUCACUCACCUUAUAUAUAUAGAUAUACAAUAUACAUUUCUAAUUUUUUCUCCUCUGUAGAUCUGUCCUAAAUAUUAUGGAUGUUGAUUUUACCUGUUGGCCGGGGGAGGGGGGUUCUAGAGUCCUCAGUGCCAACAGCAACAUGAAAUAACAUUAUGUAAAUUUACUUUGUUAAUGUGAGCCCACGACUGCUUUUUUAUGGUGUGGUUCAUGUACUGGAAUCUAAUCAUUAUAACAUAGACUAUUUCUUCUGUAUUCUAUAUCUCCACACUUGAGCACUUUCUUGCUAGUGGUUUGCUCAGCAGAACUAAAUGUCCAGGAAAAUCCAGGAUCUUUAGAUACCAAGAGAUUAAUUUCAGAUCCAACAGUUCCAUGGCUGCAGACAGCUAAAGUGUGACUUUCAAUUACUUUACUUGAAGUGAAGUGCAAUUUUAGGGUCCUUCCCCCACCUCUCCCUCCCUCCAUCUCCAGUGUAGAGGCAGCACACUCCAUACCACUGGUCAAUGGGAAGUUUAAAGAGUAUCACCAUCGUCAUGUGUCAGAAAUUAGAUUUCUUCCAUGAUGAAUUGUAACCUGUGGACAAUUAGAUUUAUGAAUAGUUUCGGACUUACUUAUGCAGUCCUAAUAAUACUUUCAGAAUGAGUUAGUGAGUAGGCCUACUGAUAGAUUUAUGUUUCCCUAAGUAAGACUGCUGUAUAAACCAAGUUGCUAGUGGUCAUUGACAUGAGUAAGAAUGUAAGGCUGAAAAAAAUAACUGCAGGUUGUUCAACAUUCAGUGCUGCUGAUGUUAUAUACUUGCUGGGUUUUUUUUACUCCCAGAGCUCUGUGUCCCUCCCUUUUCCGACAGCAAUGUGCUGAUUUUGAAGGUGCCCUUAAUUAUUUCGACUGGACACGGUUUCGUCUAUUCCGGGUAGGGAUUGAUUUCGAAUUUUUCACCACAGAUAGUCUGCUCUUCAGCUUUAAAUUGCUACGGUUUCUGCUACUGACAACUGCCAUGUGCAAUGGCAACCCUUUUGCUUUUUGUCCUCAUCCUAGAGAAGUUCUCUGUCCUUCUAACUUUUGGAUCAAGGAUGUGAAAAAGCUUAGGAAAAAGUUCCUGGCUCCACCAACAUACCCUCUUGGACUGGAACUUGUGCAAGUGCAAUGGCAUAAAAGCAAACUCUCUAUCUCAAUGUCAACUGAUCUCUGCUCAGCAGCAAAAUAGAGGGAAGUUUCAAUACUUUCGGGUUAGCCAGUAGCUGAAUCAUCACGUGUUAAGCAAUUUACUUAUUUGAGGUUAGAUGUGUUCAUCAUGCCUGUAUGACCUGCAGUGAGAAUAUGAGAGAUCAAGGUGUAAAAUCAUCUUGAAGAAUCUCUGAAGUUUAACAGUCUUUUCUUUAUCACUGCAAGGAAUUUCAUUAUUUUUGUUUGCUAAAAUUGAAACUGAGAAGUCAUAUUUUCAAUUCUGACCUUAAUAUUUUGUUACUAAGAUCAGCCUGCUGAUUUUUAAGGUUGGGUGUUGUGAAUGCCUUUGUGAUUAUUUCUUUUAGUUGUGUUGCCUUGAAUAUGAUUAUCUGUUGUUUGAGAGAAAGUAUUAUGAUGGACUUCUGACAAGAGGUUAUGUUGCUGUUCUUUGUCAUGCUGAUUGUAACAUUUUUCCCCUGAACCCUUCUUUUUCCCAUUUUAAUUCAACUGAUAUCUACAUUCCAGGUCUAAUUUGCUCUCCACAUUCAAUAUCAUAACUCACAAGUUUACAAGACUCAGCCAAAUGUGUUACUGUAUAUAGAACAAUGUUCAAUGCUCAUUUCACAGUUAUGGUAAAUGGAUUUAUAAAUAAGUUAAGUGAAUGUGCUAAUUGAAAGAGAGGUUUGCAAGUAAUGGUCAUAUUGUGUGACUGUCACAUGGAAAGAAUGAUCAUUAUUGUAUGGUUGACAUGUUUCAUGUGCUUUGAUAAGAAUGGAAUAAAUGCUUUAAAGUCAUUGGUUACAUUACUCACAGGUUUAUUGUUUCAUGGUCAAUAUGAUAUGUCACUGUAGCAUUGAUACAUUUUUUUAAAUUUCUUGCUUGAAGCUUGUUUCUGUUACUGGUCUUCAUACAUCACAUCACAGUAUUGUACAUGUACAGAUGUGUCCAGUUGGACCAAUGUCACUGUUGAAUCAUUUAUUUUUUUUCGCAUGCUUUUUCUUCCUCUUCAUUUUCCCAGUGGAGCUUUGGGAUUUCCAUCUGUAGGGUUCUCAACCUACGUGGCAGUUGAUAUUACGUGCAUGACAGUUUUGCUACCUUUAGGUAGUGUUUCUAGCCUUCCAGACAACCAUAUCUCUAUUUCAGACUCUUGAUUUUUCAUACCUGUCAGAAUGGCUUCAGUUUUGGGUUGGGGUUAGCUUUGAUUUUUUCACAAAGCAGCUGGUCUGCUCCUCCCUGACUUUCAUCUGCCAAAGUGUCUUUACUAUGAGCCAUUGCUUUACAAAGUCAUUACAGAAAGAUGUCAGUUUUUUUGCAAUUAGUUUUUCUGAAAUUUGAAAGGAUAGUCAGGAAAUACUGACAUGAUGUAUGUUUAUGCUUUUGGACCUAGGAAACUUAUACAGAAAUAUAAGUUGUAUACUCAAAGGUGUACCACUUCAUAUUUUCAUUCUCUGACUGAUCUUGUGUUUAUUUUAUUAUUUUAUGGCUGUUUCGGGAAGUUGGUAAUUUGUUUGUUUUAUGGCCUACAUUGUUCUUAAUUCAGACUGUCGUUUAGUGUUUUUGAGUAAUAAAAAACAUUGUGUUCUUUCGUCUUGCAUGGAUCUAGGGCUCGUAUAUUUUGUUUACAGAUUUUUGUUUGUAGCGAAUAAACAGCAUGUAGUCAGGUGUCACUCCUGAGUGCAGUUUCCUCAUGAAGAUAAAAAUUUGGCUUAUUCAAAUGGUAAAGUGAUGAACACUUACCUGACAAACAAGUAUCUGUUCCUCUUUUCUCUUGCAAAGGCAGUAACUUAGAAAAGAUGAAGUAGGUCUACAUGAAGCUGACAUGGAUUGUGCUUGGACAGACAAUGGACAGAACACACAAAAAUGAAAAGCCUGUAGUUCUUAAUUUUAAAAUAUUUUUUUAAAUUUAGUAUCUGCUAUUCAGAAUGUAAUUCAUGCCUUCUUUAAAAACAUUAUUAAAUCUGUACUUCUCGUUUGCUUUUCAUGUACGAUUAUUAAAACAUGAUUCAUAGGAACCAGGGUUGCAGAAAAUUAGAAUGUUUAUUAUUUGCUCCAAAUAGGCCUACUUUGUCUUCCUGUGUUCAUAAUUUAGUUUAAGGCUAAACCUUCAGCUAGUCUUUUUUUAUUCUUUGUCAAGCUUGGUCUGCCAUUGAUGUCAUUCUACAAAUUAACUUGCAUAAUAUUUGUCCAUUUCUUCUGUCUCCUUAUGAUUUUGAGGUUUUUAUAUGUGGGGGGAAAAGAAUGGUAUAAUGCAAGCAACUUUGAAGUCGCAGUUAGUUGGAAAAGGAUGUCACUAUUAAAGCAUACGUAGUUCAUCAGAGUUCAUUUACAAGAUUUACAAUUAGUUUUUUUUUAUCACUCGACUCAAACUCAAACUUGUGAAGUCAAUUGUAAUUUGAGCAUCUGCGAGAAUGAAAUUCUUCUGAACUGUAUAGAUUUUUCUUCCUUAACUAUAGCUUUAGAGAAGAGGAUAGAUGUUUCUAUCAAUACCGUCUCUUAAUGAAGAAACAAGUGUCUCAUAAAUUGUUUUUUAAACUUUUACAAAUGUUCUCCAUGGAAAAGUGCAGAUAAAGAGAAGCUUGUUUUCAGAAUUUGAAUUGUGGGGGGUUUUUUCACUUUCACAGUAGGCUACAGGUUAACACACCAGGAUUUUUAAAAAUACCAUGGCAUAAGUAAUCCUCGAUAUGAACUUAACUUUGAGACAUUGAACUGAAGACUUCAAUACAAAGUGAGUUUUUAUAAAAAUAGAUUAUGUGAGGCAGUGAGGUGAAAUCAGGCGCUCGUCAAAAUAAUCAAAGUGAAGAAACUGGCCUUUUCCCGCUAGUUUGUGAAUUUCUAUUGAAUUUUUGCCCAUUAAAGAACACAUUUCUGUGUGAAUUUUACUGAAAAACGUUGAUUAAAUUUUCAGUUUCCUCUGACUCUCAAGCUAAACUUCGUUGUCCAUUUUCUCGCUAAUUUUACUUCUGAAACCAGGAGAUCCCACCCCUUUCAAUUGCCAAUCUCAACUUGCAUUCAAGAUUACUGGAUAUUUUUUUCAUCGAAGGCAAGACAAGACAAAUGAACAAGCUUUGAGCAGAUAC